AGUGGUGGCGGAGGGGGUGGGCCAGGGGUGCCGCUAGAGCUGCGCAGAAGGCUGAAGCGGACAGUCAGUCAGACGGCCGGCGGCCCCAGGGCUUCGAGCAGCGAACGCACUUCUCGUCGGGAUCUGAGCGGCGGUCAACAUGGGCAAAGGGUCGGGUCGGGACUAUUCACCUGCCUCCACCUCCGAGAAUGGAGCCCGAAAGAAAAAGAAGGACCGGGACAUGGAUGAGCUCAAGAAAGAAGUGUCGCUGGAAGAACACAAGAUGUCACUGGACGAGUUGAGCAAGAAGUACAACGUGGACCUGUCGCGGGGCCUGUCGAAUGCCAGGGCAGCGGAGAUUCUGGCCCGGGACGGCCUCAACGCGCUCACUCCUCCUCCAACUACCCCAGAGUGGGUCAAGUUCUGCAGGCAGCUCUUUGGAGGAUUUUCCAUUUUGCUCUGGAUCGGUGCCAUCCUGUGCUUUCUCGCAUACAGUAUUCAGGCUGCGACAGAAGAUGAGCCUGUCAAUGACAACUUGUACCUGGGAGUCGUGUUGGCCGCUGUCGUCAUCAUUACUGGCUGCUUCUCCUACUAUCAAGAAGCCAAAAGCUCCCGGAUCAUGGACUCCUUCAAGAACAUGGUGCCGCAGCAAGCCCUUGUGAUCCGGGAAGGUGAAAAGAUUCAGAUCAAUGCCGAAUCCGUCGUCGUUGGUGACCUCGUGGAAAUCAAAGGUGGAGACAGGAUUCCGGCAGACUUACGGAUCAUAUCAUCUCAUGGCUGCAAGGUGGAUAAUUCCUCACUCACAGGGGAGUCUGAGCCUCAAACUCGAUCUCCGGAAUUCACUCACGAAAACCCUUUGGAAACGAGAAACAUUGCCUUUUUCUCAACCAACUGUGUGGAAGGCACCGCUCGAGGUAUCGUGAUCUCCACCGGUGAUCGUACAGUCAUGGGACGCAUUGCUAGCCUGGCCUCGGGCCUUGAAGUCGGCCAGACCCCCAUCUCCCUGGAAAUCGAACAUUUCAUCCACAUCAUCACGGGUGUUGCAGUCUUCUUGGGCGUUUCCUUCUUUGUCCUGUCCCUCAUCCUUGGAUACUCCUGGCUUGAAGCGGUCAUCUUCCUCAUUGGGAUUAUUGUGGCCAAUGUUCCAGAAGGCUUGUUAGCCACAGUGACAGUCUGCCUCACUCUGACCGCCAAACGCAUGGCGCGGAAGAACUGCUUGGUGAAGAACCUGGAAGCUGUUGAGACCCUGGGCUCCACUUCGACAAUUUGUUCUGAUAAGACUGGCACCCUCACCCAGAACAGAAUGACCGUGGCACACAUGUGGUUCGACAACCAGAUUCAUGAGGCUGACACCACCGAGGAUCAAUCAGGUGCCACAUUUGAUAAGAGCUCAUCCACCUGGACUGCACUGUCCAAGAUUGCCGGCCUCUGUAACCGAGCUGUAUUUAAGCCUGGCCAGGAGAGAACCAUGAUUCUGAAGCGUGACACUGCCGGUGACGCCUCCGAGUCGGCCCUUCUUAAAUGCAUUGAGCUCUCCUGCGGAUCUGUGAAGAGGAUGAGAGAAAAGAAUCCCAAGGUGGCGGAGAUCCCCUUCAACUCCACCAACAAAUACCAGCUUUCGGUUCACGAGUCCGAAGCCCACCCCAAAGGCCAUCUGCUUGUCAUGAAAGGAGCUCCGGAGCGCAUUCUGGAUCGGUGUUCCACCAUCCUGUUUCACGGCAAGGAGAUUCCCCUGGAUGAUGAGAUGAAGGAGGCAUUCCAGAACGCCUAUUUGGAACUCGGAGGACUCGGAGAACGGGUGCUAGGAUUCUGUCAUUACAUCCUCCCAGCAGACAAAUUCCCACGUGGAUUCAAGUUUGACACGGAUGACGUCAACUUCCCCAUCACCGACCUGUGCUUUGUAGGCCUGAUGUCUAUGAUUGAUCCGCCGAGAGCGGCGGUGCCCGAUGCCGUCGGGAAGUGUCGGAGUGCCGGGAUCAAGGUGAUCAUGGUGACAGGCGAUCAUCCAAUCACAGCUAAAGCCAUUGCUAAAGGGGUGGGGAUCAUCUCAGAGGGCAACGAGACCGUGGAAGACAUCGCCGCCCGCCUGAAUAUCCCGCUGAGUCAAGUCAACCCAAGGGACGCCAAAGCCUGCGUGAUCCAUGGUUCAGACCUGAAGGACAUGAGCACCGAGUACCUGGACGACAUCCUGCGUAACCACACCGAGAUCGUCUUCGCCCGCACGUCACCCCAACAGAAGCUCAUCAUCGUUGAAGGCUGCCAGAGGCAGGGCGCCAUUGUGGCUGUGACAGGCGAUGGUGUUAACGAUUCUCCGGCCUUGAAGAAGGCCGACAUCGGGGUGGCCAUGGGCAUCGCUGGAUCAGAUGUUUCCAAGCAGGCUGCCGACAUGAUCCUGCUGGAUGACAACUUUGCCUCCAUUGUGACUGGAGUGGAGGAGGGUCGACUGAUCUUUGACAACCUGAAGAAAUCCAUCGCUUACACUCUGACGAGUAACAUCCCGGAGAUCACGCCCUUCCUGCUCUUCAUUAUUGCCAACAUCCCGCUGCCUCUCGGGACCGUCACCAUCCUGUGUAUUGACUUGGGGACGGAUAUGGUGCCUGCCAUUUCACUUGCCUAUGAAGCGGCCGAGAGUGACAUCAUGAAACGACAGCCCCGCAAUCCCAAAACGGACAAACUGGUGAACGAGCGCCUCAUCAGCAUGGCAUAUGGUCAAAUCGGAAUGAUCCAAGCCUUGGGUGGGUUCUUCACCUACUUUGUGAUCCUGGCAGAGAACGGUUUUCUUCCCAUGAAGCUGCUGGGUAUCCGCCUGCAGUGGGACGAUCGAAACAAGAACGACGUGGAGGACAGCUACGGCCAAGAGUGGACGUACGAACAGCGUAAAGUGGUGGAGUUCACGUGUCACACCGCAUUUUUCGCCAGCAUUGUGGUGGUGCAGUGGGCCGACUUGAUCAUCUGCAAGACCCGCCGAAACUCGGUGUUCCAGCAGGGAAUGAGGAAUAAGAUCUUGAUUUUUGGAUUGUUUGAGGAGACCGCCUUAGCAGCAUUCCUCUCGUAUUGCCCUGGCAUGGAUGUGGCGCUGCGCAUGUACCCCCUGAAGAUUACCUGGUGGUUCUGCGCUUUCCCCUACAGCCUCCUCAUCUUCAUUUAUGAUGAAGUCCGAAAAUUCAUCCUUCGUAGAAAUCCAGGAGGCUGGAUUGAAAAGGAGACGUACUAUUAACAGAUAAGAGGCUGACCUACUGAGAACUCACAAGUGCUACUGCGGAAGAACAGAAGUCUGAAGUAUUAUUUUAAAAGUUGCUUUAAAAGGUCCGACUCAGAGUCAGACUCCUGUCACCCUCUCCAUUUGUCCCCAAUGUCAACUACCCCCCCCCCCCCCCUCCAAGGUCACAUUUCACUGCAUCACUUAGAGUGUCAUAUAAUUCAAAAGAAGAAGAAGAAAAAAGUCAGUAUUAACGUUUUCACUUGAUUGUUAUUUAGGAUAAUUUAUUAUUAUUUUUUUAGAUCAAAGAUUUUUAGAAAAUAAUUAUUUAAUAACAAAGUCCAUUGAAUAUCAUCAGCUAAUAAAAAGGAAAUCUAA